CAGAAGGGACCAUUGUGAUCAUCUAGUCUGACUUCCUGUAUGACACAGGAAUUCCUCCAAAUUAAUUCCUGUUUGAGCUAGAGCGUGACUUGGUAGCAUUUUGCACCCACUUUCCACAGGAAGUAGCAAUGGCAGAUGGUGGGACAGAUCCUGCUGUGUUCACCUCCAGCACUCUGCCCUCAGAUCCCCGCCUCCUUGCAACAGUGACCAAUGCCUACCUGGGCACCCGAGUUUAUAGGGACAUCCUCCAUGUAAACGGGGUGUAUAAUGGGGCAGUGGGGGACACUCACCGUGCCGAUGUCCCUAGCCCUGUCAACGUCAGAAUCAACAUGCCUGGUGAGGAUGGACUGACAGAGACCUUCACUUUGAACACCAGGACAGGGACUUUCAGCCACUUGCUUCAGUCACCAGGUUACACCGCCACCCACAGGAUCUACGCCCACCACUCCCUUGUACACCUGCUGGCCUUCAGCAUCACCAUCAAGCGAUCGACUAUCAAAGGCCCGCCAGUGACUGUGCAGCUCCAGAUGCAAUUCACGCCACAGAGCCGAGAUCUGGACUUGCACAAGGGGCAGGACUUCCAGGGAGCUCAAUAUAUUUAUGGGAAAACUUUGAUCCCUGAGGUGGAGGAGGCUCCCCAGCCCAUGGUGCACAUGAUCUGGACUCCAGUGCCGCAGGCUGUGACCCUGCCAGGGGAGGAGCAGGAGAGAACCUGGGAGUUCCUGACCGCCGUGGCAGAGAGUGAAGAGGAAGUGAAGAGGUGCUUUAGCGAAGGAACGUCCCUGAUUGCUGCUGGCUCCUUAUACUCCUCUCACACCCAGGCCUGGGCAGCUCUCUGGAAAGGAUGCCGGGUCGAUGUAGAUGGGCCUCUCCCUUUGAGGCAGGCCCUGUAUGGAUGUCUCUAUUACCUACUGAGUGCAAUUCCUCCCCUGGAUUCUCCUGACUUCCUCUUCCAUGGAAUCAGCCCCGGCGGGUUAUCCAAUGGCACGCAGGGAGAAGACUACUGGGGGCACGUCUUCUGGGACCAGGACACGUGGGUAUACCCAAACAUCCUGUUAUUUUACCCUGAAGCAGCCCGAGCCAUCCUGAAGUACCGUAUUCGAGCACUAGGUGGAGCCCUGAAGAACGCCCAGGAGCAGGGAUACAAGGGUGCUAAGUUCCCUUGGGAGAGCGCAGCCACGGGCCAGGAAGUCUGCCCUGAAGAGAUUUAUGGAGCUCAAGAAGUUCACAUCAAUGGGGAUGUUUUGCUGGCAUUUGAGCAGUAUUAUCACACCACACAGGACCAGAAGCUGUUCAGGGAGGAAGGAGCCUGGGACGUGGUCAGUAUGGUGGCUCAGUACUGGUGCAGCAGGGUGGUGUGGAGUCAGGAGGAGCAGUGCUACCACAUCAAAGGUGUCAUGCCCCCCGAUGAGUAUCACUACAGUGUCGAUAACUCUGUUUACACCAAUGCCGUGGCCCAGAGGAGCUUGAACUUUGCAGCCGACGUGGCCCGUGAUUUCCAGAUCCCUGUCCCUGAGGAGUGGCAGGAGGUUGCCAAGAAAGUCAAAGUGCCGUUUGAUGCAGCCAGGAACUACCAUCCAGAGUACGACGGGUACAGCCCAGGUAAGCAGGUGAAACAAGCUGAUGUUGUCUUGCUCGGAUACCCAAUGAUGUAUCCCAUGAGCUCUGAAGUCCGAAGGAACGACCUGGAGAUGUAUGAACCUGUCACUGAGCUGGAUGGGCCAGCCAUGACCUGGAGCAUGUUUGCGGUUGGCUGGAUGGAGCUGAAGGAGAUCCAGAGGGCGCAGAGUCAACUGAACAAGUGUUUCAACAACAUCACCGAGCCAUUCAAGGUCAGGCAGAUCUGGGUGGAGAACUCCGACGGGUCAGGAGCUGUGAAUUUCCUGACAGGCAUGGGGGGAUUCCUGCAGGCCAUCCUUUUCGGAUACACGGGGUUCAGGAUCACCAAGAGCAGCCUGAACUUCGACCCCAUAUGCCCGGACAACAUCAGCAAACUCAAAGUCACUGGAGUCUCUUAUCUUGGAAGCAAGUUGAACUUCACACUCACCAAAGAGAACGUUAGGAUAAAGGUGACAAAGUCCUCCCGUGACCCGCAGCUGGCCCCCCUGGAGGCUGUGCUGGUAGCAUCGGGGCAGCGCAUUCCUUUGCCCGAAGGGCAGAGCGUCUCCUUCGCCACAGCUGCUGGCUGGAUCCAGAGAGCACCCACCGAGACAUUUUAAGUUGUAUUUGUCAGGGCAGGUAUUAAAACCACCAAAGCUAUGCAAACAUGGCAGGGAGCAGGCGUCCUAGAGCAGCGUGGCCUGGGAGCCCCUGCUGCAUUGUGGAGCAGACUGAGGUUUGGCUGCACAGGCCCCGCGCAUAAGUGAUGUGCUCCGGGGGGAGGCUGUUUGACUUCCCUGCUUCCUUUGUGGCCAGUGAGCGGAUGCUUGGAAAAUGCUAGAUCGGGGUGGGGAGUAGGGGAAAGCACCAUCCUCCUGCUCUUAUUGCCCUUGGGAAAUGGUUUUGUUGACAGCUGAAUUUGAUUCACCUCCCAAUUACCUGCUCUUAUUACCUCCCUGCAGAUUUGCUGACCAAUAUUUACCCCUUCUUUGCUGGUCUCAGCUCCUGCAACAUCCCUUUGAGCACCCAUUUAUGGCACUUCCUUAAGCUUGCGCCUAGUACCUUUGGCAGCAUGGGAGCUGGGUUUUGCCCUCCGUGCCUGGUACAAUGUGUCGCACACACAUGAUGGAGUGACAGCAGCUGCUCCAUAGUUAAUAUGACAUGUCAUUUUCCAUCACAUGGUGAGAGUUUCAAAGGCACAAGGGGCAGCUAGGCCACCUCCAACUCCCAUUUGUGCCUUUGAAAAUCUCUCCCUAAAGUCUGAUUUUGGCUACCCACCUAAAACCCACCAGAUGAAGGAGUAUUGACUCAGAUGGGUAGGUUAGCUCAGGAACUGAGGAGGAAUGUUUCUACCCAUUCUGAACAGAAUUGUGCAAGUGAGUCCUGCAUUGCAACCCCCUAAAAAUAGGUGUCUGCUGAAAUCCAAGAAUUUGUCUGGCUUUAUUUAUUGCUUUGUAGCAGAAAACCAACCAGAAAGAGAGAGAGAGAGAAUGCAUAGUCUGCUGGCUUCCCCUGGCUGAAACUUCAUGCCCAGCCCCACCCUUUCACUGCUUAGUGUCCAACUCUAAAAGUUACUGUCAUUCUGAGCAGGCUCCCGAGAAUGGCACAUUGGCUCUGGCAAUCUCAUUUGGGCUCAACCAGGGUUCCAGACCCACUGGGCCUGACUCUAUUCUCCAUUCCACCAGCAUAAAGUGGGAUUAUCUCCACUGAAAGCCAGCGGGUCGCACGGGCGCAAUGGACUGGGGAAUCAAACCCAUUACUUGGUAAUCACUGGCCAGGUGCUUGCAGGGUACAGUGCACAAAAUGGAGACAGUCCCUGCCCCAGGUUGGUUAUGCUUUAAAAGAGACACACGCUGGGGAACCCAGAGGAGGUAUUUUAUUGGCUAAUGUCGUUGUUGCUCCCUUGGUGACACUGUGGAAGACCGUGUGGGUAGGAGGGUAGGUUUUUUGGAGAGGUGCGGCAAGCGGCCCGCAGGGUGGCUGUUGGAGAGGCGUGCCCAGAGUAGAGCCCCACAGAGAGGCACGGCAAUCGGCAAUUGGGGCAAUGAGCGAGUACCCAAGCAGUGGAGCAUGUAAGAUGCCUCCUUACCCCCCGCCCCCUUCCACACAGGGUGGGAGGUGAACUCUGCGGACAAGAUCAGCUCCUGAAGUCUUUUUCCACAGUUCACCACUAGAUGUCAGGGGAGAGCUCAUUCAGACUCUGCUUACAUAUACACUUAAAAUGCUACAGGAAGACACUCACUACAAUGAUGGGAGGGUCUCCCAUUGCUGUAGUUAAUCCACCUCCCAGAGAGGCAGUAGCUAGGUCAAUGGAAGAAUUCUUUCAACCUAGCGCUGUCUCCACCGGAAGUUAGGUCCGCAUGGCUACAUCCCUCGGGGGGUGGAUUUUUCACACACCCCCUGAGAGAGGUGGCUAUGCUGAUAUAAGUUUUCAGUGUAGGCCAGCCCUGAGAGUAAUCAUACAGGACCGCAGGGGCUCUUCCCUAUCUACUCUCCAUAGGGUUAGUGGGAGGGCUGCCGUGACUCACCCAGCCCUGAUCCAGCCACUCUUUCCUGGGCUGCAGAUACCUUCCCUUUUCUGCACAGGUGGGGUGAAAUCCAUAUGUAGAUGUUCCCUUCCAUGCAUAGAACAAGGGGGUACAAUCUGGCCCAGAGGAUAGUAAUAAAACUGCCCCUAUUUGAAUUUGCCCUGAGUGGCAAUAGCACAGUUCCAGGCUUUCCUUUUCUCCAUGUGAUAUAAAGGCAAGGAGAGCUUCUCUCUGUUUCUUCAGAAUCUCCAGACAACCCCAGAUAUGUUCCUAAGGGAAAGGAAGGGAAAUGGUUCAAUCUGGUUUUUCUUUUCUGGGUUGGUCUCUCCCACCCCCUCAAAACAAAACAUUACACUGUUGCCUGGAUUCCAUUUAAGUUGUGCUUUAGCUCUAUCCCAUUUAUUAAACCAACAGGAAAACUAACACUGAUCCCAGGAAACUUCCAGCUGCUGGAAGAGAUCAGGUUCAAUCAGCGUUGCAAACUCAUGGUUGUAUUCUGAGUCUCGCAGUAGCUGAUGGUUUUCUUAAAGCCCCAGCUCCUGGAGUCAGGUGACUAUGUGAGACUUACAGCUUUCAUUAAAAACAAAAAUAUAUGUUCCUCGCCCACAUGUCCAUGGACCAAAGCUUGGAAACAUGAACCCUAAAGCCUCAAAAGCCAGAAG